AUGAAAAGAAUCAGCUCAAGGUUCAUCAUCUUCAGAGGAGAGCUCUUGAAAAAGUCCUUCUCAGCCCCGCUAUUGAAAUGCGUGGGUCCAACAGAUGCUGAUUACAUCCUUCGGAAAAUUCAUCUCGGCAUCUGCGGAAACUACAUAGGGGGAAGAGCCUUAGCACAUAAAGCGCUAAGGGCUGGAUAUUACUGGCCAACCAUGAUCCUGGAUGCUAAGGAGCUGAGCAUUAUCACUCGCUUCGGGAUUCCGAAGGUUCUUGUCUUCGAUCAUGGGAGGCAAUUCGAUAAUUUGUUGCUGAAGCUGUACACAGAUCAGUUCGGCAUUAAAUUGGCAUAUUCUGCAGUUUGUCAUCCGCAGAGUAAUGGUCAAGCCGAAGCUGCCAAUAAACAAAUCCUCAACGUUCUCAAGAAGAGAGUUGAAGAUCAAAAGUCCAAGUGGAUAUAG